AUGGUGCCUGACAAUGCCGAAUCGGCCACGGUCGUCGGCCGCCGGCGACUUGCUCCAGAGUUGAGCGUCGAGUCAGUGGAUGUCUCUGUAAACCUCGAUGCCGAUGAAAGCUUGAAAGUUCCGUCGAGCGACGAGUCAUUCAGAGACUGGGAAGUUCCUGAUGAACAUGGCUUCGCACUGGUGGCUGUCACCGAAUCGGACAGUGGCGUGGAUGAUUGCCCUGAAGGUCCAUCUGAUGCAGAGUCAGUCAGGGACGCCGCAUCUGAUACUGCCUCAGACCGGGUCUCCCCCAGUGCCUCGGUAGCGGCAUUCCUGCAGGCCAUGCAGCCAACUCGCCCUGAAGUUCUGCGUGGAUGUCCAGCUCACGUCGCUUCUGCCGACUUUGGACGCGUGUUUUGGACUGGUGGGCGUGACAGCUUUUUCCAUCUGAGCAUUGUCACUGAAGCCUAUGACGAGUUCGUGAGUCAUAGCUGGCAGGUUGCCACUUGGAGAAAAUGUUUGCUUCUGGUGAUGUUAAAGCGGGGUGCACCUGCCUUCCUCAUAGCGGGUCUUGGUGCCGGGCUGAUGAUAUCGAUUUGGCAGUUUGGCUUCUUGCCUGGCUACGUGAAAGCUGAGUACGAGUCCGAUGCGCCGGGCUUGCAACAUUCUUUUUGGUGCCUUGUCACGGGCCUUGUCCUUGCGCCCUUGACUCUACUCUUCUGGAGGCCUCGUGGCAUUAUCUUUUUGGACCGGGUGUGCAUCAACCAGUUCGACAGCCGCCAAAAGGUGGAAGGAAUACUGAACCUGGGAGCCAUACUGAAAGCAUCCGAAUCGCUUCUGCUUGUCUGGGACGAGUCCUAUGUGGACAGGCUGUGGUGCGUUUUUGAGCUAGCAGCCUUCCUCCGUUCCCAUCCCGACAUGCUCACCACCAUGAACCUCUCCAAACUGAAAGUGGUCCCUGCCGCUCUUGGCUAUGUGUCCCUUACGACGGCACUUACUUCUCUUACCUUUGGCUUUUCCGGGCUCAUGGUCCCUUCAGGGAACGUUUGGCUGGAGUGGUCCAUCAAAACGCUUCUGAUCUGCUUCUUCGCCUCCUUCAUAGUGGAUACAUUUCGUGCGCACUUCCGGGCCCUGGACGCGAUGAGCACUCAGCUGCAGAACUUCGAGCUUCGGAAGACCAGCUGCUGGUGCUGCUCUGUGAAUCAUGUGCACCCGACCACUUCUGAACGGCUCCCAUGCGAUAGAAGCACAAUUAACAAGUGUUUGAUCACUUGGUUCGGUUCGGAACAGGCCUUCAAUGAGGCUGUUCGGUCUUCUGUGGCCACUGCCCUGGAACAGCAACUCGGCUAUGACGCUUUUCCAUACACUUGGUGGCUGUUGUCGACAUCGCCAUACUUGUGGAGCCUGAUGGACGAUCUGGCUAGCCUGGUAGGCAGUAGUGCUCUCAGAGAAGAUGCUAUCCAGAGGUUGCUUGUCAGAUACCCCAUCUACUGGCUCUUUACUUAUCCCACCAUGUUCACCUGGGCCAUGAUCUUCGCCCGCUGCUUGCGAGCAAAGGGGCGAAACCGCAAAGCCGAGUUCCUUCGCAAUGCCCUGGUCACGGCCAUGACCACACCAAGCAUCCUUCUUUUCGUGUUCUGGGAGAUAUGGACCCGCAUCGCUUUUCAGAGAUUUGUGGGCUCCGUGAUUUUUGUGACUAGCGCCGUGGUGAGUUUUCUAGUCUCGAGGUUAUUCUACCAUUGGCAGCACGGCAAGGGAAUCUUGCAGCCAAAUGGCUCAAGAUCGUGA